UCUUUCUCCAAGAGCAACAACUUCAGCUCCAGCGGAGUGAACACAGGAGUCCUGCACGCGGCUCGGUUCUGAUUCGGUUCUGUGUCAGUCAGAGUGGGUUUGAGCUCCGGAUCCGCCGGGUCAGUGUGAACGACUCAUCAUGACCUAGUGAUCUUCCACAGCAUCAAACAGCUGGAUCUGGAACGUCUGUGCUGUUUCUGAAACAGACCACGCUCUGAGGUUCCCACCGUCCGCCGGCUCCGCCCCCUGCUUGUUUCCAAGGAUACCCUUGUUUCUCCCUCCCCUGAGGAAACAUGGAGCCCCAGGGGAGUCUGGGAGCCGGGGAGGGACCGGGGGUCCUGGUUCCGAGCCCCAGGAGCGAAGCUGUGACCCACGACCUGGAGGAGCUGUCCCUGCAGCCCAGCCUGAGCCUUCCCCCCAUCAGGGAGCGCAAGAACGUCCUGCAGCUCCGACUCCAGCAGAGACGCACUCGGGAGCAGCUCGUGGAGCAGGGCAUCAUGCCACCUCUGAAGACUCCAGCUACGUUCCACGAGCAGAUCCGAAGCCUGGAGAGAGCCAGGACUGAAAACUUCCUGAAGCACAAGAUUCGCAGCCGGCCUGAACGUGCAGAGCUGGUCCGCAUGCACAUCCUGCAAGAGACCCAGGCCGAGCCCUCUCUACAGGCGACUCAGAUGAAGCUGAAGAGAGCUCGACUGGCCGACGACCUGAACGAGAAGAUCGCCCAGAGGCCCGGCCCGAUGGAGCUGGUGGAGAAGAACAUCCUGCCUGUAGACUCCACUGUUACAGAGGCCAUCAAUGGUGAGGAGGAGUAUCAGGACAGGAAGGACGUGUAUAACUUUGAUGAGGACAGCAGUGAAGCUCUCUCUCCGGAGGAUCCAGGCAGUCAGGAGUCUCAGUGCUCAGUCCCGUCCCCAAGAGAGGCUAAACUUCCUGAGAUCUCCUCUGCGUCCCAAAGCCCUGCUUCUAAUCUACAGCUCUGUCCACCUACUGCCCUGAGUUCAGACUUCCCCUGCAGAACACCAGCGGAGGAUCUCGCACACGCUCAGCCCGGAGCUGCCACUCCACCAGCCACAGCCACAGCCCCCGCCACCGCCAGGCCUGGCCCCACCCUGCUGAAGCAAACCCAGCCCAAGCCUCCCAGCGAGAGGAGCCGCAGCAAGAAGAGCAAAGAGCCCAAACCCAGAGUGAGGAAGCUGAAAUACCACCAGUACAUCCCACCCGACCAAAAGCAGGAGCCCAACGAAGCCCCCAUGGACUCAGCCUACGCUCGCCUUCUCCAGCAGCAGCAGCAGUUCCUCCACCUGCAGAUCCUCAGCCAGCAGCAGCAGCAGCACUACAACUACCAGACCAUCCUACCUGCACCUCUCAGGCCUGUGACCGAGCCUCAGAGCAGCAGCCAGACUCUGCCAGCUCCUGUCGUCCUGUCUCUACCCAGCGCCGCCCCGGCACGCCCCAACCACGCCGCCAACCACCGCAAACCCGGCCCUCUACCUGCCAACCUGGACGAGAUGAAGGUGGCUGAGCUGAAGAUGGAGCUGAAGCUUCGUGGUCUUCCCGUCUCUGGCACCAAAACAGACCUCAUAGAGAGGCUUAAACCCUACCAGGAUACUUCUAAUUCCAUCAGCCCCCAUCCACCUACUGCAACCACGGACACCAUCACUCCACCAACCAAUCAGCAGCUUGAGAGCAUGAGCACAACUCCUCCAGUGUCUCCCGUGCGGUCUGAGGUGUCCACUGCCCCCAUGGAGGAAUCUGUAGCAGGAGACACCACCUCCAAAGCAGGAAGUGCACCAUCUCCAUCAUGGCCGACGGUCGGCACGUCACCCCUGAAGACAGAGGAGAUGGAGACCAAAGUGUCGGAGAAGGAUCAGCGCCUCCACGAGAAGGAGCGGCAGAUCGAGGAGCUGAUGCGUAAGCUGGAGCAGGAGCAGCGCCUGGUGGAGGAGCUGAAGAUGCAGCUGGAGGUGGAGAAGAGGAGUCAGCAGGGGGCGGCGGUGGCCGAGCAGAACGAGUCCAGCCCCCCCGCCCGGGUCAAAGUGGAGCGUGAUGCCUCCCCCCAGAGCUGCAGCUCCGCCCAUGGACCAGCGGUGGUGUCUCCAGCUGUGAUGAAGCAGGAGGAACCUCAGGUCCGGGUGCAUCCAGUUCCACUGCAGCACUUCUACCUAAACCCUACACCCACCCAGCCUCAGGCAGGACCCCAUAUCCUGCUACCCACCACCAUCCACCUGACCAGCACGUCCCCCUCACCACAGACGCAGCCAGUCCUCCAAACCUCAGCGUCUGACUCGGCCCAAAUCAAACCCGCUCCAGUGCAGCCGCUGAAAAGCGAGAGUCCGGCCUUUCAGCAGCUCGCCAGUCAGACUCGCGCUACGCCACAGGUGAUGCCACUGUGCAGCAGUAGCUCAGGAUUCCAGCAGAGCCAACCUGUGAGUGAAGUUCCCCAGUGUUACUUCAACAGCUCCCAGGAAUCCAGCUCACCCAGAGUCUCGCCCAGACACUCCGCCCUAAACAGCCUCCCCGCCAAGCAGCCUCCAUCUCCCUGCCAGCCCACCUACAUCCUCCCACCAUCCACAUUCUCCAACCACCACAGCCCCAAGAGUAAAGACCCGCCGCGCUACGAGGAGGCAGUGAAACAGACCAGAGCGCUCCAGGCUACAGUUCAGGCUCCCACUGCAACCAGUCAGCACAUGGAUGACCUGUUUGAUGUACUGAUUGAAAGUGGAGAAAUCUCGCCCCUGAUUCGUCAGGAUCCUCUCGCCCCGGAGAAGCUCCUGCCCGUGACGGCCAGCGUCACCAUGCUUCCCAUCAACACUGUACUCUCCCGGCCUCCUCCGCAGGUGCAGGUAGCCCACCCACCUGAGCCCCUGCCCAGCCUGGUGGCGCUGGCUACGGACCACCAGCUGGAGGCGCUGCUGGAGGGCACCCUGUCCGGCGAGGCAGAACCUCGGACCCUCCGCCUGAUGGAGGAGCUGCACAGCCAGCUGCUGGAUCAGCCCCAUUCCCCCAUGGACACGGACGAGCUGGCCUUCUCCGACUCGCCGCCUCACUCUCUUCACCUGGACAACAUGGAGUGGCUGGACCUGACCGCACCUGGACCUGCCGGCAUCUCCGCCACUGCUGGAGUCUUCUCCUCAGACUUCUUAGACUCCCAUGACUUACACUGGGACUGAAAUGAGGCUUCUGAAGGGAAACGUUGAGAACUAUUGACGUCUCAAAACUGGCUCAAAGUUUCAAAACUAUCCAGGGAACAUUUGUGGGUGAGAAGAACCAAAAGAAGAGAACCACUGGCUUAUGGAGAACAACGCAACCGAGGAGAAGAAAUGACCAUUGAGGCCAUUAAAGCCACCGAAGCCAUUGAGGCCAUUGGCCUGGGCUCCAAUGGUUAAAGCACUGGGAACGUAGUCUAUGGUUGCUUUUCCACUGCAGGAUCAAAAGGUUCUGAGCUUCAAACAUAAAACUUUAGACACAAUUCGGCGCAGAGCGCUUACCAGCCUGCCUGGGCUUAGCAUGGUUUUCUUAGCAUAGUUUGUGAACUGUUCUUGGGGCCACAGAAUACCACAUUCAGUGGUAUUGGCAAGCCACGCCAUGCUAACACAGGUUGCCAGCAUGCCAAUGCCACGAUAGCCUUGUUGAACAAUAGCAUUUUUGAACCAAAGCUUUGUUUGGGAGAUAGAGCUGUUGGACGAUAGAGCUGUUGGACGAUAGCCUUGUUGGACGAUAGCCAGGUCGCCAGUAUAUAAUGGUGUGGAAGCGAUGUUGGAUGAGCCUGGUUGCCAUCAUGCUAACACCUUGCUAGCUUAUGGACAAGACUGGUUGCCAGCAUGCUAAUGUUGUGUUAAUGAUGUUGUACAAGCCUAGUCGCUGGCAUGCUAACGUUGUGGUAGAGAUGUUGUAUGAGCCUGGUCGCCAGCAUGCUAAUGCUGUGUUAGCGAUGUUGUACAAGCCUAGUGGCUGGCAUGCUAACUCUGUGGUAGCGAUGUUGUACGAGCCUAGGCACCAACAUGCUAACGCUGUGUUAGUGACUUUGGAUAAGCCUUGCCACCAGCAAGCUAAUGCUGUGGUAGCGAUGUUGUAUGAGCCUGGUCACCGGCAUGCUAAUGCUGUGUUAGCGAUAUUGUACAAGCCUGGUCGCCAACAUGCUAAUGCUGUGGUAGCAAUGUUGUAUGAACCUGGUUGCCAGCAAGCUAAUGCUGUGGUAGCGAUGUUGUACGAGCCUAGUCGCCAGCAAGCUAACUCUGUGGUAGCGAUGUUGUCAGAGCCUGGUUGCCAGCAUGCUAAUGCUGCAUUAGCGAUGUGCGACAAGCCUGGUCGUGGUACACUAAUGUUGGCCGAGGCCUGUAGCUGGCAGGCUAAGGCUGGCCAGGCUGGUAGCUGGUGUGUGCUGGUAGCUUGUUGGAACAAGACUAGACACAAUAGAUGUCAGCCACUGAUUAGACGAUAUGCUUUUUCUAAACCUGAUUAAUUAACACCGCAAAUUAACUGAAAACUGAAAAAAAAUAGCCAUUUAGUCCUGCAGUGGAAAAGAGGCUUACCAUUGGUCUAUCAGUGCAAUAAUAAUCAUGGUUCUCUGAAGGUUUCGAAGGGAACUACUCCCUUUUUUUUCAAAACAAAGAAAGAAUGUGGGACGUUUUGUACUUUAAUUUCCAAUCUGUCUGUCAGUUUGUCUGUUUUUCACGUGGCUUUGGCAGCUUUCUUACCAUGUCUGAAGAGUUUUAGACUUCUAGAAUGUUUUAAAAGUACGCCUUAGCAUAUUUCCUUUUUUACAAUAUCAGACGCUCUUACAGUAUAUCACACUUUUUUUUUAUAAGGUGGAGGACAUGAGAUUAGAAGUAAACGCCACAAGAUUUAUUGUGCCUUUGUUUUUUUAACAAACUGUGCCAAAAAAAAGAAAAACUAUUGUAAAAGAUUGGUGAAUGGCGUAGUCGGCAGACUUUUACAUUAGUAUUUAUACCUUAGAAUCUUCUAGUCCUACAUUUGGCUUCUUUAUUGUGUAGAUCAAACUCUUGAAUGUCCUUUUAAGCGACUGGAUUAUCUUCCUAGCCCUAAAAGCUAAUAUGGCUACACAAUGCUGUCUCAUACAGAUCUAAAGCCUAUCUGGAUGGGAUUAGUUUAGUUUUUGUGUUUUUAUUCCUGUCCAGAACGACCAUGUAUGUGUUUUUUUUUUUUUUUCUCAGACGUCCUCUAAGAAAAUUACAGGCUAAAUUAUCUCCUACUGUUUUUCGCUGAACUCUUUUUCGUGGUCCUCUGGUAAUUUUAGUCCUGUUCGGAUCCACACCUCUGAGUUUCGUCUCCUCACGUUUAAUAAAAUAGCUAUUUGUCCACUGCCGCGCACCGUAAUUACACUUUGGGCAUGCGUUUCCACGGAGAUCCACGUAAAAAAAAAACAACAGCGAGUGGAAAUAGAGGAGCUACUGAACAAUUGAUGUGAUGUCAUGUGACUCGAGAAAGCCUAAAAACUCACUGGUCCUCCUGUUUUUUCAAUUGCAGUCUGGGUACAAGAGUUUAAACACUGAGUAGCUGGACUGUAAUUGAAAAAACAGGAGGACCAGUGAGUUUUUAGGCUUUCUCGGGUCACGUGACAUCGCAUCAAUAGUUACGGUGCGCAGCAGUGGACAAAUAGCUAUUUUAUUAAACGCGAGGAGACGAAAUUCAGAGAUGUGCGUCCGGACGGGACUAAAAUUACCGGAGGACCACAAAAAAAAAAAAAGAGUUCAGCGAAAAACAGUAGGAGAUAAUUCAGUCUGUAAUUUUCUUCUCAGAGGACGUCUGAGAAAAAAAAAAAACAUACAUGGUCGCUCUGGAUGGGAUUAAAAUCACAGAGGACCCUAAAUAAAAGAGAAAAUUGCCCCAGAGCCCCCUGAGAAACUAAACUAAUCCCAUAUGGAUAGGGCUUAAUUUGUAGUAAUUCAGUAGAGAGAGAGCUAGAGCAGAUAGACUGGCAGAGAAAGAGAGAGAGAGAGACAGGUAAAUCUGUGCCAGAGUUAUCCUCGAUUUGUCAUGCAGUUAUACAGUGUUCCUGGCAGCCGUCGAGGACGUCCUUCUGGAAGUGGGGACAGGGGACGUGUGGACAGGGGGACGGGUCACAGUGAGUUUGUUUAUCAGCAUGGGGCCGAAAUGGCUGCCUAUUAACUGUUUAGGGCACUUUUAAGUACUUCGGCCAUUUUUCUCUUAGUGUCUUUGGAACGUGAUUUUGAGGGCACUAUAUAAACUCCCAUAAUGUACCGUGACUUAUAAUAGUAAACUUCGCUGCUUACUACAUGAGCUAAAUAUGUCCCAAAAUGCAUUGCGAGUCUCACUACUAAUCAACAGAGACAUCCGAACAAACGGAAAGGACAGUGAGCUAUCAGGGUUGCCAGAUUGUUACAGAUUGUUUCAGAUAAAAUCAAGAUCACUGGGUAAAAGCGGUUUUAAAUCGAUCAAAAUGCACAGAAAACCACGCAAACAGCUGCUGUUCAGCAUAUCAACAGUAUUACAGGGUUUUAUUCCAACAUGUCCUUAUAUAAAAUACUUUAAAAUACCUUAAAUAUCACUAAUUACAAAGAAAAGCAACAUUUAAAUAAGUUUAAAUGAUUUCUGCAUGUGUGUAUUAUAUACUAGUGCAUAUAAAAAAAGAGAAUAUUAUUGAAAAGUUACUUUAUUUCAGUAAUUCAAAAUGUGAAACUCAUACAUUAUAUAGAUGUAUUAAACACACAGAGUGAUCUAUUUUAAGUGUUUUUUUUUCUUUCUUUUAUUGUUGAUGAUUUUUUUGGCUUACAGCCAAUGAAAACUCAAAAAUCAGUGUCUCAGAAAAUUAGAAUAUUAUAUAUAAGAUCAAUUGGUACUUUCGGCAGUGUGCCAAGUCCUGCUGGAAAAUGAAAUUUUCACCAGAAGUUGACAUGUCUCUCCAAACCAUCACUGUUUGUGGAAACGUCACACUAGACCUCCAGAAAAUUUCUGAGAGACAUAAUCAUCAACAAUAAAAGAAAUAAAAGCUUAAAAUAGAUCACUCUGUGUGUUUAAUACAUCUAUAUAAUAUAUGAGUUUCAUAUGUUGAACUGAAUUACUGAAAUAAAGUCACUUUUCAAUGGUGUUCUAAUUUUUUGAGAUGCACUAAUGUGUAAAAAUGUGUAAAGAUAUGGCGACACCUAGUGGCUGUAAUGAGGACUGGGAGCUGAAUGUGUUAAGAGUAGAGUUAUGAUGCUUUAAUAACGUUUAUAAUUCAGGAUUUAGCUUUAAUUUGGAUUGGCUGUGAUCCAGGCAGAUUUGCAUCAAAUAAAUAAGCAAAUAAGCUGUCAUCUAAAAGUACCAUUUUAUCUUAGCGGUGCCAAAAAUAGCACUUUACAAAUAAACUUUCAGACAAUCUGGGGUGAGUUUCCCAAACAAACGAAUGAAGUACAUGAGAAAAGAAUGAUAAAUUCUGUAAAGCUUUUCUGAAAAGCUUAAAAAUGAAUUAAAUACGGUGGCGAUGCUGAAAUGAUAUACUGUGAUAACUGCUUUUGAGCUAUUUAGAUUAAAAUAUGGCCCACAGCCCUUAAAUUAGUCUUUAUACCUUACAAUCUUCUAAUCUUACAUUGGACUAUAAAGAGUAGAUCCUGUAGGUCAGUUUGUUUCCCCUUAUCUCAGUACUUUUGGGAAAUUCACCCCUAUAUAUAAUACUUUACCACACGUUCAGACAGAGGAAUGUAAUGUACUGAAUACAGUGUUGUAAUGAGCUUUAGAACAUGUAGCUUUUUUAACUGAAUGUACAUCAGUGAAAAAAAAUAUUUUUUUUGUGGAAGAUAUUAAUAUAGGUAAUAUUAAUUAGGCAAAAAUAAAUGUAGGCAUCUCAGUAAUUCACCUACAGGGUUAAUUACAGGAUCUGAUUUUUCUGCAGUAAUCUGAUUAUUGAGCGCAUGCAAAGAUCUUGAUUGAAUUAGUGGUAAAAUAAAAUAAAAAAUACGUUUUCCUCAGUUCAGCUCCAAUUUUACCAAGUUCAUGUGAAUAUGUUGAUCAAAAUUACUGACAGUAUCUGAUUUUCUGCAGAUAAUACAUUUUAACAAGUUUGUGCAACGGCAUUGAUUGGAUUAGUGGCAAAAUAUAUAUAUUGAUGGCAAUUAUCAGAUUUUAACAAGUGCAUGUAAAUGCAUUGAUCGGAUUAAUAACAGAAUCAGAUUUUCUGCAGAUAUCAAAUUUUAACAUGUGACUAUGUUGAUUGAAAUUACUGACAGUAUCUGGUUUUUGCAUAUAUUAGAUUUUAACAAAUUCAUUGAUCUGAUUACUGUCAGAAUUUAAUUCUCUGCAGAUAUCAGAUUACUUACUGUAUGUUAACAUAUUGAUAGGAUUACUGACAGAAUCUGAUUUUCUGCAGUUAUCAGAUUUUAACAAGAACAUGUAAAUGCACUGAUCAGAUUACUGACGAUUAGAUUUUCUGCAGGUAUCAGAUUAUUGACUCUAUGUUAACAUAUUAAUUGGAAUUACUGAGAGAAUCUGAUUUUCUGCAGUUAUUCGAUUUUAAGUACAUGUAAACAUGUUAAUUGGAUUAGAGGCAAAAUAACAUUUUAUGCAGUUAUCAGAUUUUAACAAGUGCAUGUGAAGGCAUUGAUUGGAUUAGUGGCAAAAUAAAAUUCUCUGCAGAUGUCAGAUCACUGACUGUAUGUUAACACAUUGAUUGGAUUAGUGACCGAAUCAGAUUUUGUGCAUUUAGUAAACUUUAACAAGCACGUGUAAGUGCUUUGAUGGCAGAAAAUCAGACUCUGUUAGUAAUUUCAGAGAUACGAUUGAGUGCAUGCAAAUGCAUUGAUUGGAUUAGUGGCAAAAUCUAAUUUUCUGCAGUUAUCAGAUUUUUUUCAUGGCUUACUGACUGUUUUUUUUACGAAUUUAUUGGAUUAAUGAGUGCAGGUUGAUCAGAUUACUGACAAAAUGAUUUCUGGCAGAUAUCAGAUUAAUAACUGCGUGUUCAUAUGUGGAUCAGAUUACUGACAGAAUCUGAUUUUAUGCAGUGAUUGGAUUGUUUAGAUUAAUAUAAUUCCUAAUCAUUUUGGAGUAUUUCUAUUGGUCCGUUCCUCGUGAAAUUUGGACACAAUUUACAUUGUGCCAAAAAGUAAAAAAUAUAAACUGGAGAUACAAGAUUUUUGCAUGAAAGUGAUAAUAAACACUAUGAACAGACAGAUCUAGUCCCUGUGCAGUAUUGCCAGUAGAAUAGGAACACUCUGAGGCAGAUAAACAUUACUGUAGGACAUUCCUUAAAAAUAACCAAAUGUCUUUGAGGCUUGAGGUAUAUUUGAACAUUCUGCAAUAUACUGUAUUGUAUUUGUUAUUAUAUGAGUGAAUAUUAAACCUGCCGUGCCGUUUAUUACAAAUAGGAUCAGAUUUAAAGCUCAUUGAGAACCCAGUUGACCCAGUUCUGUAGAAUCUAGUACCUUUAUUUUGUAUUUUGACUCUGUAGACUAUGAGAGCACAUCUUUCUGCACAAUGUAAAUAUUUAUUCCUUUUUUACGAGAGCGCAGCACGAGGAAAUGUGCAGCUGUAAAUAAUGAAGUUUGGAGGUUUUUUUCUUUGUACAGAUCAUUACUGUAUAUAUACAGCAUUUUUGUGCCAUUAAAAUGUUUUUUGUUCUUAAA